AUGUCUCCAGCUCUCCCUAAAGCAGUGCUGAGCCUGCACUCUGGAUGGACAGAGAUAUUUUCCUCUGAAAAAGUGACUCUGAGGUGUGAUUUUCAGGGGAGUUCUAGUCAGUGGGACUAUAAAUGGUUCAAAAAUGGACAGGAACUUCCCAAUAGGAACGGAGACACACUCACAAUACACUCUGCUACUCAGUCUGACACUGCUCUCCCUAAAGCAGUGCUGAGCCUGCAGUCUGGAUGGACAGAGAUAUUUCCCUCUGAAAAAGUGACUCUGAGGUGUGAUUUUCAGGGGAGCUCUAGUCAGUGGGACUAUAAAUGGUUCAAAAAUGGACAGGAACUUGUCAAUAGAAAUGGAGACACACUCACAAUACACUCUGCUGCCCAGUCUGACACUGGAAGCACCCCAAGUAUAGCGAUGAGGAAAAAUCCCUCUACUAGAGAAAUCUACACUGGAGAGACAGUGACUCUGAGUUGCACAGUUGAGGGAUCUUCUACAGACUGGCACUAUUGCUGGUACAAAGACACACCGGAAAGUGUUCUGCCCAACACUGAGAGCAGCAGGACUACUGGGUCCAGUUACACCAUCAGCUCUGCUGCUCUGUCCCACGGUGGACAGUACUGGUGUCAAGCUGGAAGAGGGAGUGAUCCGUUCUAUACAAACUUUAGAGAACCCCUAAAUCUGAAAAUAACUGGUAAUUUUUUCACACUGUUUUGA